CAACAUUGACAUUUCACUAUUUUUCACAUCCAUUUCCUCAGUGCCUGCAGUCAAUCCGUGCUUAUUUGUCCAAAAAAGAAUAAUUUUUUCAACCAAAAAACUCAUUGUUCCAGUAGAUAUCCCUUAAGGUGAUUAAAUCUAAUGAAGAGCCGACAAAAAUUCACAGUAUCGAACAGAAACAUCCAGGAAGCGGGCAAGGACCCGGACAGGCGCUCUCUGGAGCUCAGAGCUCGAAACAGAGUUUCCAGUAAUCCUUUGAUCCAGAAAAAUAUAGGCUUUCUCCAGACCUACAAUAAUCUUUUCAAGAAACCGGUGAAUUUGCUUGGUGACGCUGACAGUUUCUUCAGGAAAUCUUUGAGGAACUAUUCAGAUUCUUUGGAUAUUAUCAGGGAACUGAGACUAGAAAAGAAAAUAUCAAAUCAUAAAAAGAACAGUAGCUCCUCGGCAAAGCAGAGGUCUAUCUAUACAAAACACCACCACCCUUGCGGCGAUCAUUCAAAAUUAUAUCCCGCUUCGAAGCAGCUUACUGCUCAGGAAUCCUUUGAGGCUGGUUUCAGGUCUAUAGAACCUUGUGAAGGGUCUGUACAAGAACUGUUCAGUAAGUCUCCGGCAGAAGAGCAGUUUCAGAGUGCUUCAGAAGACGAGGAUCGCGAUUUCUUCUCUCCGUUAGGAGCGACAAAUACUCAGAUCAGUCUAACAGACAAAUCUGGGUUUGAUUUAAAAGAGCAAAAGUUUGAGGAUCCGGUGGGCGUUGAGGAUAUCAAGAUGGCGGAAGAUAUGGAUGGAGAGGACCUCAAUGAGGAUAUCAAUGAAACUGAAGAUGAGGAAGAGGUUGAUGAUGCAACGUUGAAAGACAUAGAGCAGAUGAUACAGCAAGCGUCCGACGAACUACAGAGCGUUGCAGAAGAAAAUAAGCAGAUGAUGGACACAUUAGAAGAAAACGAUGAAGAGGAACUUGGCGUUACAGAUCCCACCGCGAAACCCGACGAUAAAAAGGACGAAGACCAACAGAAAAAGGAGCAAGGAAAGGAUCCUGGCGGUGACGGUUCCUAUUUUAAGUUCGAUCCAGCCAUAGACGCUGCAGUUCUAAAAGAACUCGAGGAAGCCGAGAAACAAGCCAAAGCCACCGCCAACGUUAUUGCUGACUUGAAGGACCGCGUUGCUGAGCUGUUGAAGAAGGAGAAAAUGUCCGAAGCCGAGGGAAAGGAACUGGAACAGAAGAAUAUGGAGCUCAGGAAGCAGAUGAUCUUGUUUGAGGAGAAGACCAAGAGAAUUCAGGCUUUGUUGGGACAAGCUAACUUAUUUGAAAAGAUGCAAGCUAUACAGCCUCCUUUGCAAACUAAACACGCCGAGGAUAUUCUGCCCAAGAUGCUGGUUUGUGGUAGGGACGAUUUUAUACCGAAAAUCGUACUCUGUCACGAGCGUAAAGACAGGCAUUGUCGAUCAAGGAGUUCGUCUCAACAAAGAACGCCCAGUCCCACGACGUGUAAGCUGAGGGAGAGCUACAAUAUGCAGGAGAAGCUCGUUGCUGACAAUGUCGAUCUAGAAGGCACAAGGUACAAGCUCCAAACAGACCUCAUCGACAAAGACAGAACGGUCGAAUGUCUGCAGAAGCAACUGUGCAGUUUACAGAAUGAGCUGCGCAUGGCCUAUCAAGAACACGGUCCCGUAAACGAUCCACAACAACAAGGGAUGGCUUGUCCUAUCCCGGGUUGUCCCAAAAACAGGUCCAGGUCCAAUUCUCCUACCAGAUCCGGGGGGCCUUGUGGACCGGGAAAAGGUCCAUGUCCUGGCGCGGUUGAAUCUAGAUUGCAGGAGUAUUCCCAAACUACCAGUCAGCUGGAAAAGCAAUUAAUCGAUGUCGAAGAAGAGGUGAGGGCAAUCCAGCAAGAAUUGAUAGAAGUGCAAAAAGAACGAGAACACCUGGAGCACCACAGAAGAAUGCUUGCCGUUUGUCCACCUCCCUGUCCACCUUACCCCUGUAAUCCGCCGCCAUGUGGACCGCCGCCUCCUUGUGGCUAUCCCCCCUGUCCCCGGCCUCCACCGCCAUGUUUUCCUGCAGACGGAGCUGGUGAUGAUCAGCAAUACAAGGAAAUGAAGGAGAAAUACCAGCGAUUGCAAGAAGACUUCAAAGCCAAAUUGACCGAAGUGGCUGGUCUGAGAGCGGAUAACGAAAAAUUAAAAGAAAUGGCCGAGAAGGCUGAAGAAACCCGAGCAAAAUUGGAGCUAAAAGUCAAAGACCUGGAGAAAAGACUGAAAGAACUGAGAGGAGAUGGAGACAAAGGCAGCUCCAAAGAACAGCUGGUAGACCUCCAACAACAGAUCAAAGUUCACAAAGAGCUGUACAGACAAGCACAAGACGAGCUGGAAGAACUGAGAGCUUUAGUUGAAGACCUUCAAGGACAACUGAGCGAUUAUAGGAACAAGUAUUUGCAAGCCAUCCAAACCGUCGAAGAGCAGAACCGUCAAAUCGAUAUAAUGCGCUUGGAGAGCAACAGAGUCAGUGAGCAAGUCAAUCUGGAGAUAAUCCGAGUCAAAAAUCAGUUCCAGGAAAAAUUGCAGGAGCUGGCGCCGUUGCCUGACGUUCUCAAAGCCACACAAUUGAAGUUGCAAGAGGCCCAGCAGAUGCAUCUGUUGGCGGAAAGAAACAAUGAGGCUCAGUCCAGGGAGUUGCAGACAUACAAGGACAAACUGCAAGCGAUCAUGGACGAUAUGGCGCUGGCAAAUAGCGAUAAACAAAAUGGUGCCGGUGAAAAGGAGUCGCUCAUGGCUCAAGUGAAGAGGCUGGAGGAAGAAUUGCAACAGAGCAAAGACGAAAAUGACGAGCUUAAAAUCGAUUUAGAUCGCCAAAAGGAAGUGGCCGACGAGAACGAGCGCCUGGCCAGUUCGCGCCAGCACGAGAUCGUCCAGCUGGAGACGCAGCUGGAGACGGUGCGCGAGGAGUCUGCGCGGCAGGUGGCGCGCAUCAAGGACCGCUGCGAGAUCGUGCGCAAGUCGAUGCAGAACCAGAUCAGCGACAUGGAGCGGCAGCUGGCCAGGGCGGCCGCCAUGGCCAAGGCCGCGGAAAGGGAUAGGGACGAUGUGAGGCAGAAGAUGCAGGCUCAGAUCAGGAACCUGAACGAGAACUUCGAGGACGCGCAGAUGCGUAUCAGGAACCUGCAGGGUCACGUCAACUUUUUGAAGAAUUCUUAUUGCCCUCCCUGCGAGUCUGCAGUUCUAACUGAUAAAUCUGCACCCAAAGUAGACCCAUGUUGCUGUGCCGGAAACUACUAAUCCCGAUAAAAAAGUAUGAGAAGUUAUAACAAAAAUACGAUGUAGGUAUCCUGUAACGAUUUCGACCCAAUCUAAACUUUUGUUUCUGUAAAUUGGAAUGAAUAAAACACAGUCGUAAUGAAACAUUAA